AUGUCUUCUUCUUCUUCCCCUUCAGCCGAAGCAGGGCCUUCUACACCUUCAAAACCAAUGACAUUCGCCGACAUCAACUCCGAGUCGGAAUCGCCCAUCAAGACUCCUUCGUCUGUCAAGGUAAGCAAGAAGCAAACUGUCGAUCAGCUCAAAAAUGGUCUGAGGGAAUUGGGUUUGGACACCAAAGGGAAGAAAGAGACUUUAUGGCGCCGACUGGUCAAUGCAAUUCAUAAAGCUUCAUUACGAGAUCCCCUUAACGACGAUUCAGAUGACGAAGAAUACCUCACACCUGAUUCAGAUACACCAAUCAAUAUACGUAUCCUGAAACAGACAUAUAAGAGUUUCCUAUGUUUCGAUGUGGAAGCUACUUGUAGACCUGGUAAGGAAUUUGAUUGGCCUAAUGAGAUCAUUGAGUUCCCAGUUGUCCUUCUUCAGUGGACAGACCCAGACCCAACAGGUAAAAGGGUACUUCACAAAGUAGAUCAAUUCAGAUCAUAUGUUAGACCUACUUGGAGUCCAAUCUUGACGGAUUUCUGUAAAGAUCUGACUGGAAUCUCUCAGGAAACGGUCAAUAAAUCACCGACUUUCCCUCAGAUGCUUAAGGUAUUCGAAAAAUGGUUAGAUAAGUGGGAUCUGAGGGAUGAUAAGGGUUUGAAAGAUGCCUUGUGGGUGACUGAUGGACCUUGGGAUUUACGUGAUUUUGUACCCAAACAACUCCACAUAACACCGCCUAACCCAUUCCCGAACUACUUUCAUGGUCCAUACCUCAAUCUCAAAUUUGCCGUCCAAUCUGUCCUUUCAGAACUCCACCGCCGGUCAUCGUACGCUGCUGAACACCCUAAAGAUCCACCCAACAAACGCGCUUUGAGCGUCAUCACCACUUCGAAAGUUGGUCAACUGGAGAAGAAGAAUGGGAAAUCAAAGGAUUACGGGAAAGGCAAGGGGUUUUAUUUCAAUAUUCCUGGUAUGUUGGAGGUGAUGGGCCUGGGAGGGUUUGAAGGGAGACAGCAUUCUGGGUUGGAUGACGCAACCAACAUCGCCCGUAUACUUAUCGCUCUAUCAGAAAAGGACGUGAUAUUCGAACCGAACGGGAUCCUCCAUCCACCAGGAAAAGGGAGGAGAUACCCCUGGAUGGGCGAAAGGGGUGAAGUCAACUGGGAAGAUUGGAUGAGUACGAAUAAACCUUUGGAAAAACCCACUAGCGGUGGAAUUGAUGAGGCUAAAGAAGCUUUAAGUGGGUUUGGAAAGAUAAACGGGAACAAGGUGGAGAAGAUGGAUAUAAUGGAGGAUGGAAAGGAUCAAGUGGAAAUCAAAGAUGAAGAAAUGGCGCAGAAAUUACAAUCGUUGGUGUUGGAUCCUGCACUUGUCGAUGAGGAUAAUCGAACUACGAUCGUAACUACGACCAUUAUCAAGGACAAGUCCAAUGCAAAGCUUUGA